AUGUUUGGGACAUUCUCAGCUCAGGUGUACUCCCUGGACAGGCCACAGACCUUCCACAUCUGGUUCAACCCCUACCGCGCCUUGGAAAAGAACAAGGAGCAGGAGAUGUUGGCAGAGCAGAUUGCCACGUUGUGUGAAACCCUGGAGGAGUAUCCAGCCAUCCGCUACCAGAAGGACCAUGAAGAGAACUUCCACCUGGCUCGCGCUGUGCCUACCAAACUCAAGGUGUUCAAGGAAUACGAGCCCAGCAUGGGAGAGGGCCCCGACAAAGCCCGCUCUCAGCUGCUGAUUGUGGACCGGAGCUUCGACCUGGUGUCCCCACUGCUGCACGAGCUCACCUACCAGGCCAUGGCCUACGGCCUGCUCAGCAUUGAGAACGACACCUACAAGUACGAGACGACGGGGACCAGCGACUCGCAGGAGAAGGAGGCGCUGCUGGAUGAAGAUGACGAACUCUGGGUGCAGCUACGCCACAUGCACAUCGCUGACGUCUCCAAGAAGGUGACGGAGCUGCUGCACACCUUCUCUGAGAGCAAGAGGCUGACCAUGGACAAGGCCAACAUCAAGGACCUGUCCCAGAUGCUGAAGAAGAUGCCCGAGUACCUGAAAGAGCUGAACAAGUACUCCACACACCUGAACCUGGCUGAGCACUGCAUGCGGCACUUCAAAGGAUCGGUGGAGAACCUGUGCAGCGUGGAGCAGGACCUGGCCAUGGGGACGGACAGGGAUGGGGAGAUGAUCGAGGACCCCAUGGAGAUCAUCAUGCCCGUCCUGCUGGACCCCAGCGUGCAGGCCUAUGACAAGAUCCGUGUCAUCCUGCUCUUCAUCUUCCUGAAGAACGGUAACACCACAGGCCUGCAGGGGGCAGCACUGGGGGGCCUGCUGCUGCAGGGGACGCCCCUGGAGGCAGUGCCCAGUCUGUGCGGCCAGGGGCGGCUCUAAGAAUUUGGCCGCCCCAAGCAGGGCGGCACGCAGCAGGGGGCGCACUGCCGGGCGCCGGUCCCACGGCUCCUGGUGUUCUCUUGCAGUCAUGCCUGCGGGGGG